AUGAAAGGGACGUGGCGAGUAGGCUUUGAAUCGCUCAGUGAUCGGAGUUUGAAGCUCCGUCAGUGGCAGGGGAGCGGCCGAUAUGGUCACGGGUGGUGGUCAGUGAUUGAGUGUGCUAAAGGGGGUUCAGUGUCAGAAAUAGAGGGAGAAUUGGAGAAUGAGAUGAAUUCAGAAGAUGAAGAGUGUAUGGGGAUUGGACAGAAGUGGAUGGGGAUUGGAGGGAAGUGGAGAGAGAACUGCAAAGAGAGGAAGGGAAUAGUAGAGUUGAUUGAGUGCUUGGAAAGGGAAGCAAUCAUGGGGAAGGAUGAGGGCAGAGAGGCUGCUGAUUAUUGUAGGAGGGCUCAGCUCUUUGACAAGAGCUCCGAAGUCUUCCAGGCUCUUAAGGAGAGCAACACUAAUCAUCAUGAUUCUUAG